UUUUCGUCCACGAACCGAACGCGUCUCCAAAAAAGAAAAAUAAAACCGCGCGCUUUUCGCUGUCAAAUAACAAAAAUUGAAAAUUUUCGCACGUAAAUUAAAAUUCGAAUAUUGAUAGUAAAACCAGUUUGUGUAAAAGCGAAUUAACAUUUUAAACGUGUUGUGAGAGUGAAUGUGAAAUUGUUUGUUGCGUAACUUUGAAAAUGUUAGACGCCAAGACUGGACGGAUUUUUGUGAUUGUCAAAUUACAGUGAUUGUUUUUAUUAAGUCAUUAAUGUUAUUAUGCGUUGUUUGAACUUUACAGUGCGUUUAGCAUGGUUUACAUGAAUUUGGAAAUAAUUUGAGACAGGUGCAAUAAAUAGUGUUGUUAUAAAACCAGUUUUGUCAAUGAGUUAUCGUUGAAUGUGGUGUCACGAAAACGGCUAUUUUUCUAAAGCUGUAGUGCAAGUUAAAUAACGAAUAUACGAAUGAAGUGCGAAAGAUGCCUAAGGAUACGUCAGAGAACUGUACCGCGAUUGCGAGGCUUAUAAAGGACUUCUGCAGCUGCUCGGAGAACGGCGCGUGGUCACCGGACAUGACGUCAGACAAGCGGAAGGGGCCGUUUUUGAAAAGCGAACUCACCAACAUGUCUGCUAUGCGACGGCGCAUCAUUUCAAUCGCGAAACGGAAACACAGGGAACUGAUCCCCGAGCCCCCGAAACUCUACGACGAGAAGAAGUCGGAAACUUUGACCUCAAACCUUAUAAACACAACGUUAAGCUCUCAAAAUAGCACUCUAAGAAGAAACAUCGACAGUUUUCUGCAAUCUAGAAGAAUGUUCGCUUUGGAAGAAGACAUUUACGAGAAGCCAAUACAACCUUACAGCAACUCGUUAUGUGGCGAGAACUGGUCUUUGAGCAAAGCUUGGAAGAUCAGCAACGCUGACUUCUACAACUCCCCAAGUCCAGACUCGAACAAACUGUUAGACCGUAAUUAUUCUUACUUAGAAAGAAUAGACGAAGUACCUAAGAAGAAAAGAGAGAAGAGAUACAAAGAACAGCUGAGAUAUGAUAGAAAUAUUAAGAGACAUAUUAGAAUAAGGGUGAUGCUGUCUUUGCGUAUGCGUCGGUAUAUGAAAAGGAGGUUACGAAAGCCGUAUUUAAAUAUGAAUACCCAGAACGUUAACGUGCCUCCUAGAAGGUUCCCCAGGGGGUCUUCUGUGACCUCCAGUUUCGGGACCAGGUCUUACAGGAGUGUGAUGAGAGAUAAGCUCGGUGAUGGGGCAGUGUUGUUUGAUGUGCAUGAGGCGAGGAAUUCCACCAUGGAGCUGUGCCACGACUAUGAAGAGGACCUCGACACUUUGGAUAUUGCCCUCCGCGCUGGUAAUUUUAGGAGCGGUCGUCUAGCUGUCGAGGGUUGGUGCUGCGCACGCGGCAUGCCAGCGCAGGGGGGCCGGGCCAACAACGGAGCCCUGGCGCUCCACUACGCCGCGGCCCGGGGCUGCCUCGACUGCGUGCGCCUCCUGGCCAACACAACGCCUGAUGUCAGUGCAAACACAGCUAUGGACAACGACGUGACCCCGGUGUACCUGGCCGCGCAGGAGGGGCACCUGGCGGUCCUCAAGUACCUGGUGCUGGAGGCUGGUGGUAGACUGGACGCCAGGGCCAGAGACGGCAUGCUGCCCAUACACGCUGCUGCGCAGACUGGCUGCUUGGACUGCGUUAAGUGGAUGAUCGUCGAACGCGGCGUGGACCCAAACGCUCGCGAUGGAGAUGGGGCCACUCCGCUCCACUUCGCGGCCUCACGGGGCCACUUGACUACCGUGCGCUGGCUGCUCAGACACGGGGCCCGCCUGCACCUCGACAGACACGGCAAGAGCCCCAUCAACGACGCUGCUGAGAACCAUCACUUGGAGUGUCUAAAUGUGCUGGUGGCAGCCGGGGCAGCGGGCGCGGACAAACAGCUCGCCUCCUACAAAGCUGUCCACUCCUGCGCAUGUACCCCCGGAGAAGCACGAUGCGCCCUACCGAACUGCAUCAACGCAAACGGCUCCCGUUCCCCCUUCUACCUUCACGCCCCGGAGCGCGAGCGCAGGUCUUCAGUCCAGGAACGCCGAGGGUCCCUGCCUUCCACCGUGGGGUCCAUCAGCUCUGCGAGGUCCGGUCCUGCUGACGGCCUGUACGUCAACCCGAUGCAGCGAGGAACAUCUGCGAGUGUGACACACCAUAGCUCCUCUGGCGAAGACAGUUCAGCGUGCUCAGCCUCGGACGCGGACACCGGCAACCCGAGCGGCUGGUUCCUGCACGGCAACCAGCCGAGCAGCGCCGGCGCACCCGCCGCAUUGUACCAGCGAGUCAGGGAUCUGUUCCACACCCGCUCCCCCGGGCCGCGUGUGCCGGCAGAGGGACAGGAGGCGCCCACUAUGACUGUAAAAGCGGAAGUCCACGGAUCGACAGAGGUUGCGCACGAGCAUUCUGACAGCGACAGCGGCGCGGAGGCAACCCGCCGCGACCACCACUAUGAGGACAUCUAUAUGCCGAGGGAGGAGCAACGGCAGAGGCGCAGGAGUAGCUCGCGCGACUCUGGCAGCCACAGCCGGCCCGGUAGCGCCGCCCUAGUCGUGGAUUACACUGCCAAAGACAAUAGCAAUGAGAACCCGAUCAAGGCAUACGAAGAAGUGACUCCGGCGCAGGAGCCUCAGGGCAAGUCCACGAUAGCCACCAAACUUGCCGCCCUCACACAUAAAGCUCAGAACUUCGCCAGUCGCCUCUCCUCCGCCGCCGGCAGCCGUCGCGCGUCAGUCUCAGAGGACCCCGUGGUGGUCGCGUCUAAUUCCUCAGGGGUGUCGUCCGGAGGAAGUUCAGGGGACGAAGCGCCGCCGCCCCCGCCGCCGCCACCCGCGCCCCCCGCGCCCCCGCCGCCUGUGGUGCUUGAAGAACCAGUUGUCAGACCUUCGGAAUUCAGGGGGCGAUUGGCAGGCCGGCGCGGCUCGGCGGCGUCCGCAGACGACGAGAGACCGCGGCCCAACCUCGUCAACAAGCAGCCGGCGCUCCCGUUCGUGCCGCCCGCGUUCCCUCACAACGCGCCCGACAGGCUCAUCAAACCCUCGGAGUACUUGAAAACAAUCACGGCGCCGUGCAAACGCGACGAUGCAGCGGCGGAGGCCCGGCCGCCUCCGCCGCCGCCCGUGCCGGACAACGUGCCUCCACCCCCGCCGCAGCCACCACUGUCUCACCAACCUUUAGCGGCAAUCAGCAGCGCGGAACUGUCCGCCGUUCGCCUGCGCACCCCUGCAACUAAAACUAUGUCCGCGCCACCGCCGGCGAGGUCCGUCAGUCUGCAAUGCCUGCCCUCCGCCGCGGAGAACUACAGGAGCGCGAAGACGGACCUAAUAGAAGAACUGAAAAUGUCCAAAGACAUCACCGGGAUAAAGAAGCUGAAGGUGGAACGUGCCAGGAGAGAGAGCCUCCAGGAUAAGGAGACAUUCACGGAGUUCACCAAACGCUUCACGGCGGAGAAUUUUGUUGAUCAGGGCUGUCCCCAGGUCCCGGAGAGAGACGCUUCGGGGAACGUCAUACCGGCUUGGAAGAGACAGAUGUUGGCACGGAGAGCGGCGGAGAAAGCAAGAAGGGACUUGGAAAGAGAGUUGGCAGGAGAAGCAGAGAGAAGAAGGGCGGCAGCCGUGCCUGCGUGGAAGAGACAGUUGCUGCAGAGGCGGGAAGAAGCUGAGAAUCGACUAAGACAAUCCCUAUACACACCAAAAGUGGAGGAUCCAAAUGUCACACCACUCAACGGUGAGUGGCGCGCGUAUCCUAGCGGUGCCCAGCGGGCCGUGUCCAUAGACAACAUAACGCUGUGCUACGACACUCCUGCGCAACCGACGAGAGCCCCCUCCGAGGCCAAGCUCACCAGCGACCAUUGUAAUGGCCAUUCAACACCAAAUGGCAAACACGAAGAAGAAGACGAGAGCGCCAAAAUAAUACCCUGGCGGGCCCAACUGCGCAAGACCAACAGUAAACUUAAUCUUCUCGAAUAGUCUAAGGUCGAUAAUUAUAGAUAUAAAAAAUAACGUUAAUAACGCUGAAAUAACGCUGGUGCUAUCGGGUAAACACUGCUCACAACAUUGGCAGCCGAGUAGCAACGCCAUAAAAUAAAAUAGAAAAAAAACGGGG